UUCCCGUGUGCAUACUCAAGAUAUUCCAGAUCCAGAUACUAAGAUUCCAUAUUUAAUGGAAAAUGUCGGUGAGUUUUCUUGUACUUCUGUUCUAGUAAUCUAGACAGAGCUUUUAGCCAUUUCUCCUGUUCCGGCACGCCUUUGUUCAUGCCGAUCUCAAACUUAGUCGCCGAACAACUUUGAUUUCAGAUUUGUCAAUUGCUGUGCAUGUCAUGAUUAUGAGACAUAAUGGGAAACACUUUUCAUUCUUCACCUCAUGGUAGUCACUGUUACCAUCCAUGCGGUGAGACGAUGCGCAAGCUGGUUUGCACACCAUCUCCUAUUUCCUUUGAAAAACUGUUCCUGGCUCAAUAAUGAAAAUGGAGGGAAACCUGCGAAACAUUUUCUACUAUCUUCUACAUAGAUGAUUGCAUGUUGGGUCCAGUUGAGCCGACACAACUCCAUUAGUGUGCCUACGUUUAGUAGGCAUCGCAAGUGAUAAGUAGGAACUUGAUGCCAUCAUCCAUUGCAGAGGCCUAUCCUACCAUUAUUCAGCUUUGGUAGCUUCUAUCUUGCUUAAUUUUUCUCACCAAAAUCAUUCAUACUCCAUCCGCCUAAUCUCGUACUGUUGCUGCUUCGAAGUGGAGUAUUGCAAGGCGACUUGGACGAUAAUUCCAAUUUUUCCCAUUUUCCGCUUCUCUGUGCUGCUGGCGGCAAUGCUCUCUUAAGUAACUAACUUUGGAUAAGCAUUGUUGAAAAAUACUGAGCUUCCUCGUUUAACAUUACAAUUUCACUUCAAGGUGCAGAUUAUUUUACCUGCUAGUGCUUGUAGAUUCUUCCAGUUGGGCUCUGCUUCAUUUUUCUUUGGUAGAUUUUUCUCAUGAAAACUCUGAAUUUAGAUUGUCAAAACUAAUGUUCCUUUUCUUGGUUUUCACUUCCUUAUCAUCUUCUCGCUUGUUCUCUCUAAUGCACUGUGUGAUUGAUCAAUGGUUGGAAUUUUUUACCUCGGGCACCUGCUGGCAUUGCAAUACUCUUCCUGUUGUAUCAACUGCAAUGUCAAGAAGGCAACUGAAGAACACUUCAGCAAUUUUUCUUGUCUAAUCCAAUCCUCUAGCAGUUGCACUGUAGAAAAUAUCUUAUUUCAGGUAGUUCAAUGCUUUGUAUCUUUGUAAAUAUGACUGCAAGAGCAUGAUGGAAUUUUCGUUUCGAUUUCAUGGGCGCUUUCCUUUUCUAGGAUUUGGAAUCAGAUUCCUCAAUAGAGGACGACUCGGACUUACGUAAAAGGAAACCUUUCCACACUUUAAGCAAAGGAGCUCAAUCCAAGAGGCUUCGUCGGAAGCAUGAACUGUGGAUAAAUGUUGCUCACGAAUUAAAUCGGCAAACGGAUGAUCCCUCUGUACCAUCAUCAUCUACCACUAAUCCUGUACAAGAGUUACCCUCUUCCCCUCCUCAUUAUGAUCUCUCUUCAUCUCAAUUAUCCACCAAUGAUACUGACUUAGAUUUUCUCUCUUCUUCUCAUGAUUAUUUCACUUCACCUCCACCAUUCACUAGUACUCCUGAUCAAGAAUUUCACCCUUCCUCUCAUUCUCAUAAUGAAUCAAGUAUAACUUUUCCCCAAGAUAUCAGCGCAGUAGUUGUAACCAAUGAUAUGUCUAAAGAUGAGACUGUGUAUGCAGCUAGUCUUGUAGAUACGUCUGUCGAUUCAAACAAUUCUUUGUUUGUUCGCUCGAAUGUCAGUGAUGGAACCUCCUUGGUCGGGCAAAGUAUUCUCAAUUUUUCAGUAGGUUGUGACCCUGAUUUUGACCCUGUAACUUUUGAUGAACCGGUCCAGCAGGUACUUUAUUCUGCUGAGGAGGAGGAGGAAGAAGGGCGUCAUCUUGAUGAGUCACCUGAUAAUUUGCUGGCUGCUGAGGCUGCUUAUUUAGCCGAUGAUGUAGCGAUGCCUGGGUUAGACGGAGCCAUGACUCCGCCACCAGUAUCACCUGAGGCAGAAAAGACUGAAACCCAAAAAGUUGAGGCGAUGCUCGCUUACUGGGCAGUGAAAAAGAAAAUUACUUUGGUUGCAUUAAAUGAACUGCUCAAGGGUUUGAAAGAUUCGCAUCCCUGUUUCUCUGACAUGCAUGUCGAUGCACGAACCAUUCUUAAAACCCCAAGAGAGAAAAUGCCUAUCACAGACGUUCCACCAGGACACUUAAUCUAUCUUGGUGUGAAAUAUCAUGUAGACAUCAUGCUUUCCCUUUUAGAAGACAUUGUGAAUCUUCUUCGAUUGCUAUUUUAUGCUGAUGGUUUGCAAGUCUUCAAUUCGACCUCCUAUCAAAUGUGGGUUCUUUCAAUGUCGGCUCCAAAUAUCCCUCGUUUGAAGCAUAAAGUGUUCCCUGUCUCAAUUUAUUAUGGUAAGGGCAAGCCGAAAGAUGUGUCGGAAUUCUUACAACCUUUUAUUGAUGAAGUUAUACAAUUGUUCAGUACAGAUGAUCAGAAAGAGGAGUGCAAGAUAUACAUGAAAGGUCAGCGUGUUCAUAUCGAGACAUUCGGAUUCGGUUGUGACACACCUGCUAGGUCUUACCUGCUGCAGACAGUUGGUCAUACCGGAUUCUAUUCUUGUUUCAGAUGCACAACAAGAGGUCUAACUUCUAACAAGAGGCGUUGUUUUCCCAAAGUAGAUGCACCCCUUCGCACCGAUGAAAAAUUCAGGCGUAGAAAAUAUUCCAAGUUUCAGCCGAAACAUCUUCAGUUGUCGCCCCUCCUUCAACUACCAGGACUUAACUUCACGCGCUCCUUUAUCAACGACCCUAUGCACCUUUUAUUUCAAGGGUGUACCAAAAGUAUGCUCAAGUUAUGGUUUAAAAGUGGUAUCCCAAAUAUAAUAGAUAUAUUUUACAGAAAACAAAUUAAUGAAAAACUCAAGUAUGCCGUAACAUUCCUCCCCAGAGAGUUCCAGAGAAGACCCCGAGGAUUGGAAUCCCUAGCUGAUUGGAAAGCAACUGAAUUUCGAGCUUUUGCACUUUAUUUAGGACCAGUAAUUUUGAAAGGCUCGUUAGACGAGGCAGAUUAUUAUUUACAUUUUUUGUCUUUCUCCAUUGCUCUCAUAAUUUUGUUCAAUCCCCUAUUGAUCAAAAUUGAUGAAUUGAUUAAUUAUGCUGAUGAGUUGCUAAGGUCAUUUGUUGUAAAUAUGAGCGUUUUGUAUGGAGAGUGGACUGUCUCCCACAACAUACACCACCUCAUACACCUUGUGGAAGAUGUUUGGUUUUUUAAAGAUUCUGUGCCGGACUUUACUUUGAUUGAUAUAGCUAAUUUUUUUAUGGAAUCCUAGUGCCGAAAGGACUUACGAGGAGCCCUCACCUUGCUCUGCCACAGUUAGGCCGUCGCUUUGCAGAAAUAUAUAUGUCAGGUUAUGUGACAGAAUUUUAUUCUUCUCGGCCCGUUCAAGAAGGUGUUGUAUUUUCUGUAAAACAUAAAGAAGGGCCUAUGCCCCCUCUUUGCGAAGGGACGCAAUUCAAGAAAGCUUUUUUUCCGACUUUCCAGCUUUCUUUGGAUCUUGCUGAUAGUUGUUUCGGAACAAAAACUGGUGGCAUCUACUUGGCCCUUAAUUUUGUAAUGAGCCCCAACCCUGAACAACGACUUGUUGUUUGCAAAAGAUUUAUGAGCAAAACUGACUUUUUUUCCACUCCAUUCAAAAAUAGUUCUCAGUUUGGAAUUUUUACGGUCUCGAAAUUAAGUAGCACCAUUGAAACAAAACCUGUCUCUGCUGUAACUCACAAGUAUGUUCGACUCCCUUUCAGAGAUGAUUUUGUCGUUCUCCCCUUGCUUCACACUACCUCCAAAUCUUAAGCCUCAGUUUUCUCUCCUGUCCUCUACUCCCAAAAGUCUGUUGUUCUUCCUUUGCUACACGUUACCUCCAAAUCUUAAGCCACCAUUUCCGCUCCUGUCCUUUCCUUCCGAAAGUCAGCAUCCUUCAUCCUGGCAGCAACUUUAAAACGCGAGUCAACGCUCUUCAAAGAGCCGAAAAGAAAAGACGAGAAGCCAACCUGGACCCUUAUAUAUAACCAGAAAUAUAAAGAAUAUGAUGCAAUUCCUUCGACAUGGAUAAUCUCAGAAAGAGAGUGUCUCUUCCCGAGAAAUGUCUCUCUUAAAAACUUAAAAGUCUCGCUGCAAGCGGAAAACCGCCCCCCUAGGCCCCCCAGGAUAAGCUUUGGAAGCCACCCAUUCCAAUUCAGAGAAUCGGUGAUUAUGAUCUGCAAGAAGUACGUACUCGGACCAAGCCAUUGAAUGGGGUUAGAGUGAAGAAGACAGGUUAGUAGGAGGAGGUUGCAAGCAUGCGGUCGCAUUUGUGUCAUGGCUCCAUCGAGUGUCGGCCACUCCAUCAGUUACAUCCACGGAGUGUUAUUGGAAGAAAUCAGCUCUUGCUUCCUCUGUCACAUCCAAGGAAUUGCUGACGGCUGAGGAUAUAAAAACGCACAAGUUUGUAGAUGCUCCGAAGGAUGAAGUUGAAGCUUUUGUCUCAGGAUGCAUGAACGAUUUAAAGCUUAGCAAAAGCUUGCUCGCUAAUGACGGAAGAAUUUUAUAGUAUAGUUACGAAUCGUAGUCGACUUUUGAAAUUUUUAGAGAGACAUGGUGUUAUUUCCCGCUAUUUAAUUUCCCGCGUAUAUUAAUUUAUGUCUGAUUGCAACUUUAUGCAUCACUUGCAUGUUUACUUUUUUAUAAAUAUUUUAAAAGAGCUACAUACAGUUUUUCUGAAAAGCGUCAGCGAAUUUACUUAAAUGAUCCCAAGUAGAAGUAUCGACAAUUUCGACGCGAUGUUCUUUCUAAUUUCUUCUAAUGUAACAGAAAGAAAAAAUUAAAAAUUGUUUUAUUUAAAAUUGAGUUUCAGAAUCGUUACGAUGAGGAUACAUCCCUUUAAUUUUGGCAAAAACUCCAGAAGAAAAAGAAAAAUGAUGACACACAGUCCUACGGCAUUCAUACAGUCUUGUGAGCGCUAAUAUGUUUUUUACACCAACUGACCGAAUGCACUGCGUUUGGCGCAACGGGAGAAGUAUUUAUACGGUCUUGGAGGCGCUGGUAUAAAGUCGCGUAUUUUUGUAGCAGAUGUUAAGGUUUCUAUUCGCGCAAUCCUCAUAUAUUUGACCUUUCGCGCAAUCCUGGAAA